CAGGCUGGGCUUGGCCGCAUGCGUGCAAAGGGUGCCGUCUUCUGCAGAGAAAGAGUUACAGACAGGAGCAACCAGGGGCAGAGCAGCUGCGAGGGGCCCUCAGCGGCCUGUCCACCUCCUGGCCCUGGGAUGGUGCUUCCCACCGGCGGGCACACAUAGCGGUCGGAGAUGGUGGCAGACAUGGCGCUCUUCUUCGUGGUUGCUGGAUUGCUGACGGCAGCUCUCUCAGGUCACCCAUCUCCAACCCCAUCUGACCAGCCCAACACCACCAGGGCAGAGAGCCAGACCUUGCAACCAGGGGAGCGACUCCAGGUCCGUCUGGUGAAUGGGAGCAGCCGCUGCGACGGGACAGUGGAGGUCUGGUUCCAGGAGUCGUGGCAGCCCGUGUGCGGGGCGCUCUGGGAGCUCGAUGCCUCCCACGCCCUGUGCAGCUCGCUGGACUGUGGCCAGGCUCACCGGCUGGAACUGCCGGUCCUGCAGACCCCGGAGCCGCCGCCCUGGGGAGCCGCGUGGAAUGCCAGCUGGGCCCCCACCACCACAGGGGCCCUGGCCCCUGCCGUCCAGUGCAGCGGCCCUGAAUGGCUGAGCUGCAAGGUGGUGGAGCGAGACUGCCGCAGCGACGAGUGGCCCGCCCAGGUCAACUGUACAGAAAAACGCGAUUUGAAAUUGGUGGGUGGUGGCAGCCCAUGUGAGGGCCGCGUGGAGAUGCUGCAGCACGGCCAGUGGGGUUCGGUGUGUGACGACACAUGGGACCUGGAGGAUGCUCACGUGGUGUGCCGGCAGCUGGGCUGCGGCUGGGCCGUCCAGGCCCUGCCCGGCUUGCACUUCGCCCCUGGCCAAGGACGCAUCCACUGGGACCAAGUGAACUGCACUGGGUUGGAGACCUACCUGUGGGACUGCCCGGGGCUGCCCGGAAAUGGGUACUGUGGCCACAAGGAGGACGCUGGAGUGGUGUGUUCAGAGCACCAGUCCUGGCGCCUGACCGGGGGCACUGACCCCUGCGAGGGGCAGGUGGAGGUGUACUUCCGAGGGGUCUGGAACACAGUGUGUGACAGUGAGUGGUACGACUCAGAGGCCAACGUGCUCUGCCAGGACUUGGGCUGUGGGACCGUGGCCCGGGUGCCCAAGGGGCUGCCCCACUCCUUGUCGGGCAAGAUGUACUACUCAUGCAAGGGAAGGGAGUCCACCCUCUCCAAAUGCUUCUGGCGGUUCAACAACUCCAACCUCUGCAGACAGUCCCAGGCAGCCAGGGUCCUCUGCUCAGGUGCCCGGAGUCUGCUCAAUCUGUCCACUACUGAAGUCCCUGCAAGUGGUCAGCCAGUCACUGUGGAAUCUUCUGUGAUGGUGAAAACAAAGGACUGGGAAUCUCGAGAGCUAAUGCUCCUCAUCCCCUGCAUCAUUCUGGGAAUUCUCCUUCUCAUCUCACUUGUUUUCAUAGCCAUCAUCCUCUUGAGAAUUAAAGGAAAAUACGCCCUCCCUGCUGUGGUAAACCACCAGCACUCACCCACCACCACCCCGGCAGGGAUGGAAAACUAUCAAGAGGUCCCCAUCACCAUCGCCAAAGAAGUUCCCAAGCUGCCCAUCCAGGUCCAGGCCCCGCCCCCCGAAGACUGGCAUUCCAGCUCGGACUCAGACUAUGAGCACUAUGACUUCAGAACCCAGCCUCCUGUGGCCCUGACCACCUUCUACAAUUCCCAGCGGCACCGCUUCACAGAGGAGGAGGCCCAGCAGAACAGGUUCCAGAUGCCCCCCUUGGAGGAAGGCCCAGGACUGGAAGAGGUGCAUGCCUCCGAAGUUCCACCUGCCAACCCUGAACACUGCAUUGCACAACCUCCCUCCCGGGACCUUCCCCCACGGAGCAAAAGCAGCUCCAGCACAUCUUCGGGGGAGAUGUAUUGUAACAGCCCCAACAGCAAGCGACCUCUGUGGAGCUCUCAAGUGUUUUCGACAGAGAGGAACCCCCUCUUGGAGCAGCCCCCCAACUUGGAGCUGGCUGGCUCCCAGGCAACUAUUCCAGCAGGGCCCUCAGCUGAUGACAGCUCCAGCACCUCCUCUGGCGAGUGGUACCAGAACUACAAGCUGCCGCCCCAGCCCCUUUCUGCUGAGCAGUUUGGAUGUCCAGGUGCCAGUGGCGGGGGGUCCCAUGCUCCCCAGCCUGACUUCUCCUCUGAUGAAGAAUAUGAUGACAUCGGAGCAGCCUAGCCAGGGUUCAGCUCUGUGUGCUCCCUCUCUCCAGACUCCUGCUCUGCAUACUCCCUCUGCUCCAUGCCCCACCCCUCCAUCCUCCCCGAUCAUCCCCAAGGGGCUGAUCGUCCUCCCCUGGAGACAGGAAAGGAAACUCCACACCUCUUAUGGCUCAGCUUCCAUCCAUCAACAGAACCUACCAGCACAGCCCUCCUCUGGCCCCAAACAGCAGCCCCAGGGCACCACAGGCACUACCCCUGAGAGGCAGCGAGCUCUCUGCCUCGGGGGUGAGCAACAGCAGAGUCUGGGCCACUUCUUGGCAGGCCAUGUGGAGGGGCUAGGCUGGAUGAUUCCUGGGGCCCUUUCCAGUUCUUGUGUGUCUGGAGCUUUGGUUGCCUGAGUGUCUGACAACUCAGGGUUCAAGGGUACUGCUGGGGGCAGGGGAGCCUCACGUGCAGGAGCUGUUGGGCUGGUGUUGCUCUGACAGGUGGGUGCUGGGGCUUGGGGAGUGGGGCACCAGCUGACCCAGGCUAAGCUCAGGUUGGUACCUGCAUCCAGCAAGGAGUCCAGCCGUCCUGGGCACAGCCAACUGACAGCAAUCAGGAUGGCUGCCCCUCCCCAACCACCAGGGCUGGGGCUAGAGGCCAACCCUGCCUCUAGAGAUGCUUGGAGCCCACCAGGGACACAGCCCUGUUCUACAGUGACCAUCCCUGGACAGCGGAUCCUUAUUCUGAGCCUCCUACAGUUUACAAAGAUGGUCCUGUCCAGGCCCCACCUCUAUCCCCAGGGGCCCAGAGUGGGGCCCAGCCCCCGUAGGGGCAGAAGCACAGAGACGUCUUCCAGGAGGGGCCCAGAGGCUGCACUAGGCCCUGGGUUCCCACCUGUCUGCUUGGAUUGAUGGGAGCGUCCCCGAUGAACGUUGUCAUCAGUGUCACUCCUGGAGCUGUAAAUGCGUCCAGGCAGCCUCCAGGGAGAGGCUUGAGGGCUCAGAGCCAGCUUCUGGUGUCCUGUUCUGAGUAUCCCAAGAUUAAACUCAUUGCUGAAUGAGA